UCGAAAGACUGGGAGCGCACAGACCCGCCCUCUAGCCGCCAUUUUUCGGUCUCGGACUCCAUCAGGCUGGAGGAGUGGAGCCGAGUAUAAAGAAGGGAAAGACAAUUAUAGAGGGACCCUAUUAUUCAAAUUUCCAGAGGAUACAAAUAUACGCAACAAACUCUACAUUUUUGUGGCUAGAAAUGCAUGCAUUGGAGCAGAGUCACUAUUUAGUGAAAUAAUUUUGUGUGAAGACGUGUUGCAGGCCGCCAUUUUUGUUACUGCCUCAAAAGUCUUUCGGGACUCCAGAAUAGGAUUUUAAAAAUAUAUUUCCCCGAAUCGUGCCAAUGUUCGACCAAGAAAUUACAAAAUUACAAUUUAGGCUCCAGCGCGCAGCUAUUUGCAACAUUGUUUAGACAUGGAGAUUCGUUUAAUCUAGUAUUGAGGCGACCUUUUCCGUUCUCAUUUAGACAGUGACUGGAUAUAUAUUGUUUCAUGAGAUAGCUACGAUUAUACUUUUUUCGGAAGAGGGAACGAAAAGGGGAACCUUGAUUGAUCAUUGUUGCAGCCAGGCAUUCUAAAUGUGUGUCACUUCUUCUCGUAGUUUGACACCGAGAUCUGGCAUUUAUCAUUGACAAUAAACGUAGAAACAUUAUGCUUCGAAGUUGGCUCAAGCUAGUCGCAGCCUGUCUCUGAAACGCCAGGUAACGUUUCUAUUGGAUGUAGCUAGCUGAAACUUGCAGCCUUCGGCUAGAAAUUGAUUCAAGACGAGUAUAGGGCGACGGCUUGCCCUGCCCUGGAUCUUCAACAUUUAGUUGUGAAAAUCGGUUUCGCGUCGUUAUCUAUCUGGCUUAUUUAGUUAACUAGUGUAUUUGUAUUUAUUUAUUGUUUAAACUAAUAUAUUUGUUAUUUCUAUUUUGAGUUAAUUUAAUUUAGAUCAAAUAUGUCAUCUGCACGGUUUGAUUCAUCGGACCGGUCCAGUUGGUAUUUUGGGCCGGUGUCGAGACAGGAGGCGCAGAAUAGAUUACAAGGACAGAGGCAUGGCAUGUUUUUGGUUCGGGAUUCCUCUACCUGCCCUGGCGACUAUGUGCUGUCAGUAUCUGAAAACUCCAAAGUGUCCCACUAUAUCAUCAACUCCUUGCCAAGCAAGAGGUUCAAGAUCGGUGACCAAGAAUUCGAGCUCCUCCCAGCUCUUUUGGAGUUCUACAAAAUCCACUACCUGGAUACGACUACACUGAUAGAACCUGCCCCCAGGUACCCUAACACAGCGAUAGGCACCGGCCCCAUUCAGACGAUGGGGGGCCCAGAGGACAACCUGGAGUAUGUGCGAACUCUGUACGACUUCACGGGCAGCGACACUGAGGACCUGCCCUUCAAAAAGGGGGAGAUCCUGAUCAUCCUGGAGAAGCCUGAGGAGCAGUGGUGGAGCGCCAAGAGCAAGGAGGGCCGUGUGGGCAUGAUCCCUGUGCCCUAUGUGGAAAAGCUGGUGCGACCCUCCCCUCACCCUGGCCAGCCCCCUCACAGCUCCCGCAACUCCAACAGCUAUGGCAUCCCAGAGCCGGCCCACGCUUACGCCCAGCCUCAGACGCCCUCGCCCCUGCCUCCUGGCACCCCUGGAGCGGUCAUCACCCCCCUACCCUCCAUGCAGAACGGGCCAGUCAUGGCUAAGGCCAUCCAGAAACGAGUGCCCUGUGCAUAUGACAAGACUGCCCUGGCUCUAGAGGUGGGUGAUAUAGUCAAAGUGACGAGGAUGAACAUCAGCGGUCAGUGGGAGGGAGAGGUAAACGGCCGGAGAGGUCUCUUCCCCUUCACCCACGUCAAAAUAAUAGACCCCCUGAAUCCAGAUGAGUGUGAAUGACCUGGACCCCAACCAACCAACCCUCCCACAGUGACACCCAAAAUGCUGGCUGUCUCCACCCCGCCCGCCAGUGUCACCACGGUUACGCGCUUGCCUGCUUGAGGCUAUACCGCAGCGCUCCCUGUUAUUGUCACGCCAACCAUCGUGCAGCUUUCUGACUGUUUACAGCUACAGACUCAACUAAACUCCUACAUCCCCAACUUGGUUACAGUUUGGUCUGUGGUUUUUGCCUUUAUGUCCUUUAAUGUGUGUUGCCAUGGCUCCCACGAUGCCAUGUCUUACCUGGUCAUUUUUUUUAUUUGAUAUUUUGUUACAUUUGAAUACUUAGGAAUUUGUUGAGAGCUUGCUUGUGUGUUUCGUGUUGUGGAUGGGAGGAGGUUAAUGUAAAAAAAAAAAAGAAGGGGGAAAGAGAGUGAAAGGUGACUGAACAUCACAUGAACUGACUGAGGUCAUGAGAGCAAAGGCAUAGAGGGCUUCAGGUGGGGCCUGAGGUUAGAACCAGCAGGUUAACUGUCUCUCACCAAACAAUCAUUCACUGUUGUACCUUAACCACAGCCACACAUACACACCGGUAGACUAUUACUUGUUUAGGGAAACUGCUGUGUGUGUGUGUAAGGAUCAGUCUCUUCAGCUCAGCUUGUGUCAGACGGGGACAGGAGGACAAGCCCACAGCCUCAGUGACAUGAACCUAGUCGACAGAGUUCCCUUAUUUAUGUUUUCCCAAGACAACAUGUGAAAUGGCCAUGUGUGAUAUCUUUUUGUUUUAUUUGUGCCAUAAAUUCAGGAGUUCUGCAAGGUGUUUGUCAUAGUGUAAGUGCAUGGCUGUGACCAGGCUAUAGCCAAUGUUAUAAGAGGGCUUAUAAAUACUUUUGAGGGGUAAGGGCUUUUCUAUGAGACGGAUGCCUCCUGCAUCCAAUGACAUGGGAGGCGGGCAAAGGUUUCAUCCAGCCAAUGACACCCCAUCAAUACCUUUCACUGAAAAUGCAACUUUCGCACAAGCAAUCCUUUCCUGUUCUCUCUCUCUCUCUCUCUCUCUCUCUCUCUCCAGGUUCCCUAAGGUGGUGAUUGGUUACACUUCUGUCUUGUUUGUAGACAGUGUUGACUGUCGAGCACAGGUUCUGGGGAGAAAACAUGGUUGUCUUUGGUAUGUCUGAUGUUGUGAUGCCAGAGCUGUCCUGCUCUCAGGUGUGUGUGUGUGUGUGUGUGUGUGUGUGUGUGUGUGUGUGUGUGUGUGUGUGUGUGUGUGUGUGUGUGUGUGUGUGUGUGUGUGUGUGUGUGUGUGUGUGUGUGUGUGUGUGUGUGUGUGUGUGUGUGUGUGUGUGUGUGCACGCGCUGAUAAAGUGCUCUACUAGAUCUCUGCUGUAAAGAAGAAAACAGACUUACCCUUGCUGUUCUCUCCUUGAGUGCUUUCCCUCAAUCCCCCUGAGCUUUUUCAUUGGGUAGAGUAAUACCAUUGUACAGCUAUCAAUCGUGUCCCAACUGUACUGUUGUUGUUUAUUAUGUUAGCCAGCUGUUAGACUGAAAAUUAGACCGAAGGUCGCUUUCUAAAAAGGGAGGAAAUAAAUGCCUGUUGGUGGCCUCUGCAUGACUUCUUGGCCUUGAGGUUUCUCUUCCAGGUCAAAUGCUGCUUUGUCAGUUCUAAUUUCCUCAAAGUAUGAAUUAGACUUUUAUUUUUUUUAUUUUGUUUAAAAAUUUUUACAGCAUCUGUGGGAUAAAUCCUUUCAAAUAUAGUUUGGUUUCCCUUGUCCAACCUCCCAUAUUAACCCAUCUGAUUAAGCAAUACACCAAUCCUCAUUCUAGUUUUUGUUAGGUGAUGUUUUCAACCUGCUUCAGAUUUUUUUGUUUGUUUUCUCAAGGCAUUAAAAGUAUUACUGUGCUUUUCCCCUUGUGUUUAAGAGAGCCUCCAUGUUGUAUUCUUAAUUCAAAAUGAAAAAUUGUGCCUUUUUUUAUUUUCUUAUACCAUUUACAUGUGUUAAUAUUUCCCAUGGUUAACACCCGUGCUGGUAUGACCCUUUAUGUACAGAACAAGUCAAUAAAAUGUACAUCUACUUCUUUAA